AUGAAGCUUUCUUUCGUUCAAUUGACAUCCUUAUUAGGAUUAGCUCAAUCAGCUCUUUCAGCUCCUUCUGAUUUCUCUUAUCCUUUCACUUCAGAUUAUACUUCAAAUAAUUUCCAACACAAAGGGGUUUCUUUAGGUUCCUGGUUGGUUACUGAACCUUUCAUCAAUCCUACUCUUUAUAACUCUACUGGUCCAGGUGAUACUCCAGUUGACGAAUAUCACUUGACUAAAAAAUUAGGUAAAGACCAAGCUAAAGAACUCUUAUCUAAACAUUGGGAUACUUGGAUUACUGAAGAUGAUUUCAAGAAAAUUAAAUCUUUUGGUUUGAAUAUGGUUCGUAUUCCAGUCGGUUAUUGGGCUUUCGAAUUAUUGGAAGAUGAUCCUUAUGUUCAAGGUCAAGAAGAAUAUUUGGAUAAAGCCAUCGCAUGGGGUCAUAAACACGGUAUUAAAGUCUGGGUUGAUUUACACGGGGUCCCAGGUUCUCAAAAUGGUUUCGAUAACUCUGGUCUCAGAACUCCAGUUCCUGGUUGGUUCAACAAUACUGAAAACGUUGAUGUUUCUAAAAAAGUUCUUCACCACCUUUUCGCUAAAUACGGUGGUUCAAACUUUACUCAAUUAUACAAUGACACUGUUUACGGUGUUUCAGUUGUUAAUGAACCUUUCAGUACCGGUGGCUUACCUCUCGACAACUUAACUGACUUUAUGGACUAUGCUUAUCACGAUGGUAGAAAAGCCCAACAAGUUAAUAAUACCAUUAUUUACCAUGAUGGUUUCCAACAAAUUGGUUACUGGAAUUAUUGGAGAAACUCAACUGGUGCCAACCCUGAUCCAAGACAACAAAACUACAAUAUCUUAAUCGAUCACCACCAUUAUGCUUCCUUUGAUAUUCCUUCCUUAAACAGAACCAUUGAAGAAACAGUUAACUUCACUAGAGAAUGGGGUAACCAAUUAGCAGAAGAACAACCAGUUCAUCCUUCCGUCGUUGGUGAAUGGUCUGCUGCUUUAACCGAUUGUACUCCUUGGCUUAACGGGGUUGGUAGAGGUGCUAGAUACGAUAACACUUUUACCACUCCAAAUAAAUACUUUGGUAGCUGUGCAGGUAUUAAUGACUUCGACACCUGGUCUGAUGAACAUAAAACUAACACUAGAAAAUUCGUCGAAAUCCAAUUACUCGAAUUCACCACCAAGGCUAAAGGUUUCAUCUACUGGACUUGGAAAACUGAAAAUGCUAAAGAAUGGGAUUUCCAAUUCUUAGCUGAAAAUGACAUUAUUCCUCAACCUUUGGAUAACUACAAAUACUUCGACAAAGACGGUAACGAAAAAUCUGAUUCUGGUAACAAAGACUCUAGCUCUUUCUCUUUCUCUGAAUCCGGUUCUGUUAGUGGCUCCAUUUCUAAUUAA